AUGACAGAUGUGCCUGUGUACCUGGCCAUCUCCCGGCCAGCGGCUUCCCAGCGCGCGCAUUUCGCCAUCUUCGUCCCCGACUUCGCAUCACGGCAUCUGGAUCCUAGCCGCGAAGGCAAGGGUCUCCUUAUCCAUGUCGUGGGCGCGCCCAUGGUGGGUUUCCAGCAUGAGAUUGCGAAGGGACAUUCUUGUGCCGAGGCGAAGAGGGAGUGUGUGAAAUUGGGCGAGGUGAAUUGUGGUGGAGGUGGAGGAGGAGGAGAAGAAGAACGGGUUGCAGGUGGGGAGGAGGAGGAGGAGGAGUUGUUGUUGUUAUUGUUAGAGAGGAUCGCGUUGGGGAUUCGGCCGCCGGGGAUUAGUGGGAACUUCCUGGGUCCGGUUGAUGGGGUGAGUAGUUGAGGGUUGGAGGUUGGAGGCUGAAUACUGAUGCUCAAGUAGGUGAAGAAUCGGAGGUGUCAGGAGUGGACGAUGGAUUUCUUGCGAGUUUUGGUUGAGAAGGGGAUUCUUGGGACCGAGGCUCUGGAGAUCGCGCAGGAGAGGAGAGAUUCUCCGACGCAUGGUAUUGGACUUCGUCGCGUACCUAGGUAG